CGAUACGGAAAUAAAACGCGCUUAUUAUUUUACGCUUAGCCUAUGAGUUCGCCCUUGCAUCCAUUAUUAAUUUAUUGCUUUUUAUUGCCGGAAAUAAUCGUUUAAAAAUCAACAAGCUUGGGAAUUUACAGCCCGAAGACGCUUGCUAUUAUUUCACGGGUUUAUGGAGAUUGAUGGAUUGAUGUAGUGACUCCCCGCACGUAGGCAAGCGGGGAUGCCCACUCGACGCGUGACCUGCAUCUUUAAUGCUCUCGAGCGCGCAGCGCCUUACAAGCCCUUUUUAAUCAUUUGCGCGUAUCACGCGCGUCUAGAAAUGUGACAAUAAUAAUAAACAAUAAUAAUAAAUGGCAUGUUAUUGAAACGCGUGGAUGUAAAUUGUGAACACCGUAGCCUUAUAUUUAUUUUUUUCGUAACGACCAACAUCCACCAUUCGGCCGCAAAGCGGCGCACGUGGACGCCGUGACCGGCAGGCCCCGCCCUCCGCCAGCGCGUCACGGCAUCGUGUCGCCGGUUCCGUAUUUAAAGCGCGGACGGCGAGGGACGUGCCGUUAGAGAUUACCGGGAAGCAAAAGAGAGGAGGUCUUCGAAAUUUUUAACUGAUACAAGUCGGCGCUAGUCGUUCGAAGAAGAAGGUUUGCAAAGAAGGGCGUCUUUAAUUCUAGACGUUUUGGAGUUUCCGAAGCCGGUGUGUAACGUGCUGCUGCUGCUGCUGUGUUCCUGCUGAUUUUUCCCAAUCCUAAAGGAAUGCCAAGGGAACUAACACAGAACAGGAUCCAAAAAAUCUGGAUUCCCUCUAAGGAUGACAAACCUUCAAUGCCCCGCACAUCACGCGGAGGCCCCCACCUGGCGAACCCCCCGACAGUGAUAGUGAUGGUAGGGCUCCCCGCUCGGGGCAAAACCUACAUUUCAAGAAAACUCACACGCUACCUCAACUGGAUUGGGAUUCCCACAAAAGUUUUUAACGUCGGAGAGUAUCGACGAGAGGCUGUGAAACACUACAGCUCUUAUGAUUUCUUCAAAUCGGACAAUGAGGAUGCUGUAAAAAUCCGACAGCAGUGUGCCUUGGCCGCUCUGAGAGAUGUCAAGAAUUACCUCACCGAAGAGGAAGGUCAAGUGGCUGUUUUUGAUGCUACAAACACGACCAGAGAGCGACGAGAUAUGAUUCUAGAUUUCGGUGCAGAAAACGGCUUCAAGAUCUUCUUCAUUGAGUCUGUUUGUGACGACCCAAAUGUAAUCGCCUGUAAUAUCUUGGAAGUUAAAGUGUCAUGUCCUGACUAUCAAGAUUGCAACAAGACGGAUGCCAUGGAGGACUUUAAGAAAAGAAUCGAAUGUUACAGAAUGAACUAUCAGCCACUCGACCCUGACCAACAUGACAAAAACCUGUCCUUCAUCAAAGUGAUCGACGUGGGUCGUAGAUUCCUGGUGAACCGCAUUCAAGACCACAUCCAGAGUCGGAUCGUCUACUACCUGAUGAACAUCCACGUGCAGCCGCGGUCUAUUUAUUUGUGUCGCCACGGCGAGAGCCAACACAACCUGCAGGGCAGACUGGGCGGAGACUCCGGACUGUCUACACGUGGACGCAAGUUCGCAGGAGCUCUUGCUAAGUUUGUGGAGGAGCAGAACUUGAAGGACUUGAAGGUUUGGACGAGCCAGCUGCGCCGUAGCAUCCAAACCGCCGAGGCCCUCAACGUGCCGUACGAGCAGUGGAAAGCGUUGAAUGAGAUCGAUGCUGGUGUGUGUGAGGAGAUGACUUACGAAGAAGUCAGAGAGAGGUUUCCAGAAGAGUUUGCUCUCAGAGAUCAAGAUAAAUACUACUACCGCUAUCCCUCUGGAGAGUCAUAUCAGGAUUUGGUUCAGCGGGUGGAACCCGUGAUCAUGGAACUGGAACGACAGGAAAACGUUCUUGUCGUUUGCCAUCAGGCAGUGAUGCGCUGCCUGUUAGCCUACUUCCUGGACAAAAGUGCAGACGAAAUGCCGUACCUGAAGUGUCCUCUCCACACAGUACUGAAGCUCACCCCAGUAGCUUACGGGUGCAAAGUUGAAUCCAUCUCUCUGAAUGUGGAUGCCGUGAACACACACAGAGACCGACCGGAGGAGGUGAAGAGAGGCCCGAGCACUUUGAUCAGGAGAAACAGCGUGACCCCUCUCACCAGUCCUGAGCCCAAUAAGAAGCCCCGCAUCGAGGGUCUGGAUGAAGCGAUCUUCAGAGAGGUGACGCCCGCCCAGCUGACCCUGUGCUCAGCGUCACACACCACUCUCGCUCUGUCCACGCAGCACUGGCUUAGCGAAGCUUGUCUACGUACUUUUUUACAUUAUCUACAAGUGGUGUCGGUGCUGCUCUUUCAGAGGUAAUAGUCGUUGAAACUAGCGUGGUGGAGUAGCUAUUGCAAAUUCGUUUGAAUAGUAAAUAGUAUUUGCAGACUGCGAACACAUUUCAUGCCUGAUUUAAAUGUUAAACUGAGGCAGAAUGGGCCCUGUUUACACUUGAUUUUAACAUCUGGUGUUUAUCGCUAACACAGAUGCUAAUACCGGAACAACAGGGUUACAAUUAGCUAAAAGCAUUAGCCAAAAUAAACU